GUGCUAAUAUUUUAAAGAUAAACUUGGAUUUUGACAAACUGCUGUGUUUGGUUGGAGACUGAUGUUAAUGGCAACAACUCAUUACACUUAGCAGUCCACACGUUCAGUAUACUAUUGUUUGUAUGCAUAGAGUCACACAUGUACACAUAUACUUAACUGUUAAAUUACCCAAGGGCUGUAAGCUGCUGCUGAGACAGCGCAAUAUGAAACAUAGAAUUGUGUAAAUGCCAUAAUGUGUUGAUAUUAAAGGUAAAUGGAAAGAUGAGGCAACCAAAGGAGUGAGAAAGAAGAAUGGGGAAGAGAUUGGCAGCACUAGGAUCAGGGGUCUAGAAAUGUCUUCUCACCUCUGUUCUGAAACACUACUGGGAUCAUCGUUAAAUCAGUACUUUCUAUAUUUUUUUGCCUGUACUUUGUCUUCUCACUCUUUCUUCUUCUCUCUGGUAGUACUGAAAAGAUGACACCACCAUACAGGCUCCAUAAGUCUUCAUCUGUCAGUUUGACUGACGGCUCCUUCCUAGUUAUAGUGGGCAGAGAUGGGGGGGAUUCAUUAAUUCUCACUUAUGAUUCAUUUGACCAUUCAUGUUCUGAUUCAUAUCCAAGGCGUUUAUGUAUUUUCAAUGUAUGCACAUGGGUUGUUUUUUUAUAUAAGGACUAAACACAACGACUUCAUAAACAUUUAUCCAAGUCCCUGUCUGUCACAGACAGACCAACACAAAACAUCCCUAUAUAUAUUAGACCUGCAAAGACAUAAUCAAUAUUGUUUGCAUAUUAAGAGGCGGUUGGUAAGAUCUAAUUCUUGAAUUUCAAGUUAGUCAUUGUUUCAUUUCAGAUGCAUCUGCCACUUUCCAGUGGUGGUGUUUGAGUAGAUAAGCCAAAAGGAAAAGUAAAGGACAGUUUGUCCAGAUAAUUUAAUCCAAGCAUUACGGGGAAAGAAUAUCAUUAGCACAAGUGUUAAUGCCUUCUACCUUUCAGCAUGCAAAGUUGUUCAUCUUAGAACUUUGAAAUAAAUAUACACACAAUACUCAGGAGUGCUGGUUUGUGUUAAUAUGAUGUAUUUUUUUACCUUCACGUUUCACUAAGUACUUUUUGUCUUGUCUGUUUGGCAGCUGAGAGAAGCGAACAGCAGCAGGAGGAGAACCAUUUGAUGGAAGAAAAGAAAAAGAAAAAACAAGAAGAAAAGAUUAAGAAGGACAUUGCUCAGAAAAAGGCUGCUGAUCUGAAACCCAAAGUGCCAGAGGCUGCUCCCUCUAAGCCCAGCCCCGGCUCACCCCACCACCUUGGCCCUGCCAGCACCACGCUGCCCCUCUCCUCCUCUUCUUCCUUCUCCUCUUCUUCUUCUGGCAAUGGCAAGAGCGCCUCCUCCUGUAGCCAGCUCCAGACUCAGACUCCCUCUCAGCAGCAGCAGUGCCAGUUGUCUUCUGCCAGUGCUCGCUACCCACCCAGAGAGGUGCCUCCGCGCUUUCGCCAGCAGGAGCACAAGCAGCUACUGAAGAGAGGCCAGCCACUUCCUGUAGGAGCCCUCAGUGCUCUGACUCUCUCCUCCCCCUCCUCCUCCUCCUCCUCCUCCUUUUCCUCCUCAUCUUACUAUUCUUAUUCUACAAGUACCAGCAGCACUUCCCCAAGCUCUGCCACAUCCACUGCGGCCAAACUUGCAGACAAAUCCCCACGGAACGGCUCUGGUGCCCAGUAUGAAACCUCUCUCAGGGGAGCUUCUUUGCCUGUUGACAGCUCCUUCAGUGCCAACAGUUGGGACAAAGUGAUUAUUGACAAAAGUGACAACGACACUUGGCCCUCAAUCAGCGGCAAUAGUGACACAAGCCAGUCUAUACCAGAAUGCCCCUUGGGCUCAGCUAGCUCUAACCUACACACUUGUGCUGUCACUACCACCAAUAGUGGUACAUUCAUGAGUAUGGCUACAGGUGCUACAGGCCAGCAGGCCCACUACCCAUCUCUCAAGUCUAACAAUAACAUGAUGACAGGACCUGGUUCAGCCAACACACUAGUUGCUAAUAGAGGCUGGGGCUCAGAUAGCAAACAAGAUGCUAUCAAUGGUAGAAUAGGUGCACCGAAUAAUUGGGGCUCUCCCAGUUUUAACUUGAACCUGAAUCCUAAUGCCAACCCAUCUGCCUGGCCAGUUCUGGGUCACGAAGGUAAUGGCAUUGGUCCCAAUGGAGUGUCUAACUCUGCCUCUCUGCCACCAGGUAUUAACAGCAAUGGAAACAUGGGUAAUGGGACUCUCGGAAGUUCAGAUAAUGUUGGGGGUGGUUGGGGUAGUAUGAGAAGUCCCAACGAAAAUGAACAACACUCAUCGAGCAAGACAAGUUUGUCCUUUAAUAUGGAAUGUGCUAACCUUAACUCAGAUGGGCCAAACCAUGCUAAACAAGCUCCAGAGCCGAUGAGCCCCAUCCAUGGGUUAACUGGCUGGGGAGGCCAAUCACCCACUGAAUCAUCCCAGCUGAAUAGGGAAACAAGCAGCUCAUUAUGGGGUGGAAGUGAAACAAAGAGAAUUGACUCUCCCAAGGAUUCGGGCUGGGACUCAACUUCUUCUGGUGGCCUUGCUGCCUGGGGCCGUCAAGGAAGUGGUGGUGGUGGUAGUAAUGGAAGUGGUGGAUGGGGAGAUUGGGGAAAGCCUUCUGCUGGUGGGGAUGGUCCUAAAGGCUGGGACUCAGUGGAUGCUGGCAGUUCAGGUUCAGGCCAAGAGCAGCAACUUGGCUCAUGGGGUCAGCAGCCUGGAACAGCCCCUGCAAGUGAAGGUAGUGGUGACAGCAGUGAAGGCCGGUCUCAUCACAGAGACAGGUCAUCUAGCAUGGAUUAUACACCUGUGCUACCUCGGCAGGACCUGGACCCGAGAGUGCUGAGCAACACUGGUUGGGGACAAACCCCUAUUCGUCAGCACACUGUGUGGGAAAUGGAAGAAGCCAGUUCUGACGAUGCGAAAAGCAACAGCAACAGCAGCACAGACACCAUGGGAGGCUCCAGCUGUAAUAGUGUACCUCCAUCAACAAACGGAGGUACUAUUAAUCCUAACAAUAUGUCCAGCCAGAGACCUGGGUCUGGGGGAAAUAACGACAAUGACAAAUCAUCAUCCUCUGGUUGGGGCGCCCCUCCACCUAAGCCAAUUCAGACUGGGUCAGGGUGGGGGGACACUCAACAGUCACUAAGUAAAGCCUCAAAUGGCACGACAAGUGGCUGGGGAGACCCGUUGCCUACAAGUGGUCAUAAAGGUGGGAACACAUCAUCCUGGGGUUCUGAGAACAAGACAACUAGCUGGGACGAUGGCAUGAUGAAAAGCCAGCCCAGGAGCUGGGGAGAAGGCCCACAAAGUUCACAUGGUUGGCGCAACAGUAAUGAAAACUCUGGCACAGGAAAGUGGGGAGAACCAGAGGUCAAGAACACUGGGUCUUCUAGCAGCAUGUGGGAGAGUGAAGAAGGAAAUGUCGGAAAUGGUGGAUGGAAAGAAAGCCCUAGAGGAGGAAAUACAGGAGGAAGCUGGGGAAAACCUACUGGUACUAAUAGUAGCUGGGGUGAAACCUCAUCCGCCAAUGGCCCAGUGCAAGGAAGCUGGGGGUCUUCUAAGCCCCAGGAAAGCAGCAGCAGUAGUUCUGGCAGUGGAGGAGGUGGCAGUAUGGGUUCUUGGGGGGGUCCUGCUUCUGUUAAACAAAACCCCUCUGGCUGGGGCAAUGGGAGCAAACAGGACCAAAGCAUGGAACCCACUGGAUGGGAAGAGCCCUCACCUCCCUCUGUCCGAAGGAAGAUGGAGAUUGAUGAUGGGACAUCCACUUGGGGUGAUCCAAAUGCCUACAACAAGACUGUCAAUAUGUGGGAUCGUAACAAUCCCACUGGCAAUGGUGGCCCACCUCAUAGUAAGAAUGGCGGGAUGAUCAUGCCCAACAAUAACAACAAUCACUCUGUAAUUCCUACAAACAAUCACCACCAGAGUCACCACGUGCAUCAUCACCCCCAUCAUGGCCAAACCCCAACUCACCUGCAGCAUCAUGGGAACAACAACAACAGUUCGCCCAACAAUGUGGCCUCACAUCCCAGUGUUGGACCCCAGGGAAGAACACCCAUUGCUAACCCAGGAUGGGGAGAACUUCCCAAUGUUCAGCCCAAGUCCGAACCUGCUUGGGGAGAGCCAGCAACUCCAACAUCAACAGUGGACAAUGGUACUUCUGCCUGGGGCAAGCCUACCGGAGGAGUAGGAGGUUGGGGAGAUGGCAACCACGAGUCCUCUGGAUCCUAUGGUAGAGCCAACGGACCCCCAGGUUCUGCACCCUGCAAGCCAGGCCCCAAACCUAUGCAAGAUGGCUGGGGGAAUGGCGGAGAGGAGAUGGGAAUGUCUACCAGCCAAUGGGACACAGAAGAAGGGGACAUGUGGAACAGCCCCACCUCCCAGGAGAGCAGCUCCUCAUGUAAUUCUUGGGGAAAUGGACCCAAGAAGGUCCCAAGCAAGGUGAAGAUGAGCAACAAGCCUGACGAGGCCUGGAUCAUGAAUCGUCUCAUCAAACAGCUCACAGACAUGGGCUUUCCGAGAGACCCUGCUGAGGAGGCGUUGAAAAGCAGCAACAUGAACCUCGACCAGGCCAUGAGUGCCCUGCUAGAGAAGAAAACUGACCUGGACAAGCGAGGUAUGGGCAUGUCUGAUUACUGCAAUGGCAUGAACAAGCCCUUGAUGUGUCGACCCUCAGCACUCUCCAAAGACCCCUCUGACCGAGCCGCCUUUCUUGACAAGGAUGUGCUGUCCGAUGAUGCCCCCCCAUCACCAUUUCUGCCUUCCCCUAGCCUGAAGCUCCCCUUGGCCAACAGUAGCCUAUCUGGGCAAGGCCUGGGACAGGGCAACCCGGGGAUGACCAUGCAAAACUUGAACAACAGACAGAUACCCAGUGGAAUGUUUAGCAGCAGUGGAGCAGCACAAACCCGGGCCAUGCAGCAGCCUCCUCAGCCACCUGUGCCACCUCUCAGCUCCUCCCAGCCUAGUCUACGUGCUCAAGUGCCUCAGUUUCUCUCCCCUCAGGUCCAAGCACAGCUCUUGCAGUUUGCAGCAAAAAACAUAGGUCUGAAUCCUGCACUUUUAACCUCACCAAUAAACCCUCAACAAAUGACCCUGUUGUACCAACUUCAGCAACUGCAAAUGGCGUACCAGCGUUUACAAAUCCAGCAGCAGAUGAUGCAGGCGCAGCGCAAUGUUUCCGGGCCCAUUAGACAACAAGAGCAGCAAGUUGCACGUACAAUCACCAACAUGCAGCAGCAGAUCCAGCAGCACCAGCGUCAACUCUACCAGGCGCUGCUGAUGAAGCAGCAGCAACUUCCCACUCAUUCCUCAACCACUUCCUCCUCCUCUGGUCUGCACCCUCAUGGUGUUCCUACUGGGGGACCUGGCUCCGGCAAAUCAACUCUGGACCCUUUCACUGGACCACCACAGGCUCCGGGCCUCGUUGACACACUGCACACCAAAGAGCCGCCAUCUUCACCGAAUACCUACAGCACCUAUCCUCUCUCUGGACUGAAUCCAAACAUGAAUGUAAACUGCAUGGAAGUUGGGGGUUUGUCCUUAAAGGAGCCCCCACAGCCGCAAUCCCGGCUGUCCCAGUGGACACACUCCAACUCCAUGGACUCUGGCAACCCUUCCAACAUGGAGAAUAACCUCAACAAGCACGGUGCCAUUUCUGCUGCCUCCACGCUGGGCCCUCCAGGGAAGCCCCCUCAGCUCGAGGAUUCGUACAGCCCUUACAAUCUUAUAUCCAGCUCUGAGUCCCCCACCAGCCCACUGGUACCUCCUGACAGUUGGGGUCAGGGCAAGAGCCCAAACGAAAAGAUCUCCAAUGGGACCAACAUCAACUGGCCUCCAGAAUUCUGCCCAGGUGUGCCAUGGAAGGGCCUUCAGAAUAUCGACCCUGAAAAUGACCCUAACAUGACCCCGGGCAGUGUCCCCAGUGGUCCCACCAUCAACACAAACAUUCACGAUGUCAAUCGAUAUCUGCUGAGAGACAGAAAUGGGGGAAAACUUUCUGAUAUGAAGUCCACCUGGUCCCCAGGGCCCAUCUCUCAGAGCCAAGCCUCUCUGUCGCAUGAGCUGUGGAAGGUCCCCCAAGGGCCCCGCAGUACCACAGCUCCUUCUCGACCUCCACCAGGCCUCACAAACACCAAGCACUCCUCCACUUGGGGUGGCAACUCUUUGGGUCUGGCCCAAGGCUGGAGCAGCUCUUACUCUUCAGAGGGAACGACCUGGAGUACUGAUAGCUCCACCAGAACCAGCAGCUGGCUGGUGCUGAGGAAUCUGACACCACAAAUUGAUGGCUCAACUCUGCGGACCCUGUGCAUGCAGCAUGGCCCCCUCAUCACAUUCCACCUCAACCUGACACAGGGGAACGCCGUGGUACGCUACAGCUCUAAGGACGAAGCAGCCAAAGCCCAGAAGUCUCUGCACAUGUGUGUGCUUGGAAACACCACUAUUCUGGCAGAGUUUGCCGGAGAGGAAGAGGUGACCCGCUUCUUUGCACAAGGUCAGUCACUAGGGGCAAACACCACUAGCUGGCAGGCCAACCCAGGAACCAAUCAGAAUCGAAUGGGAGGGGCUGCGCAGUCCCACUCCAUUGGCCAAUGGAGCAGCGGCGGCGGAGGAAAGGCCAGCGGCGGCGACCUGCUAUGGGGUGGGGUGCCGCAAUACUCCAGCCUGUGGGGUCCGCCCAGUGGAGAUGACGCCCGUGUAAUCGGGAGCCCAACCCCCAUCAACACCCUGCUGCCUGGAGAUCUACUGAGUGGGGAGUCCAUGUAGGAUGAUGCCACCUCACACUAACAACCGACCAACACCGUGUCACUGAAGCCAACGGUGGUAGGUAGGAUGAAAACAAAAAAAAAAACAAGCAAAGAAAAGAAUAAGAACAGGAGCAAAACCCAAGCAAAUCAUGUGGUGAUAAUCAGUAUCAUUUGAAAACUAUUUUGAACUGUGAAUUUUGUAAUUCAGAGGGUAAAGGAGUCACUACAACAGACUGCAGACUCCACUCCUUCUGUUUUACUUUCGUUUUAUUUUUCUUUAGUUCAUUUCUUUCAAUGAAAAAAAACAGCAUUUUUUUCUCCAUUGGGUAUUUUUCAAAAUAUCAAACAAACUGAAAUGAGACAUAACACAAUGAAACCUUUUAAGUAUUUUUUAAAUUGUGUUUUUUGCAUUAGUAUAUACAUGACCUUGUUUGUGAAGUGUGUUUAGGAGAAGCAAUCAAAGCUGCCAUCUGAGACUUUCCCUCCAAAUGAAAAGAGAAAUCAUCCCAAAACAAGACUUUAACACAACCAUUCCCAGCAUGCCCAUGGCCAACGCUCUGGUUCAGAAACUGUUACAUUAUUUUCUGUUGACAUUGAUUUCACAGCACUAAUAUUAGCCUUAAGUGCUCUCUGGCCCGGGUCUUUCUCAUGCCACCUUUUUCCGUUUGUUUUGUAUCUGAAGAAACAGCUGAAGUCUUGCACACUUUCACCUCUGAGCCAGCAAGUGGUACAGGACACGAUUGGAGACCACCUCUGUCACUGGGCAGUUAGAAGGCCUGGCCAUGUGACUGGCCCUACCAAUCAUGAGCUUAACUAUUUAAUUUGUCUUCUCAAAGGGAUUGCUCAGCUUUUCAUUUUUCUCUUGUUCUUUCUUGAAGACUCAGAUCCAAGCGCAAUUUUUGAUAUCCGUCACGUCCUAUAAGCUGAGAUUGUUGUGUCUCCGUUGUCAUACAUGACUCUCUGUGUCCAGUGGCACCCAAUCAUUGACACCUGCAAGUUUUCAUCUGGUCACCUUUGACCUUUUUUUUAUCGUCGUUUGUUGUGAAGCCCAGCGCUUUGUGUGAUCAGCCAGUUUUUCGGGAAGCGGGGGGAGAAAACUACCAAUUUUCACCUUUGCUUGACAGUUCAUUGUGCAAUAUACACCAGAGACUUGACUUCCGUCCACACCUGAUGUCCAUUGGAGCUGGUUUCUCAUGAAACUUCUAUCCCUCUUUUUUCACUGUUGCUUUUUGCAGCAAAAGGAACUCAAAACACCUUUACUCCCCUCUUCCCCCCGCAGCCCCCUUUUCAUAAUUUGGAUUCCCUCCAGGCUGCCAAUACCCCUGGAUACUGUUGGGAAAACUUUGCAAAGAGGAAGAAACAGCUUUUGAAGAGUGCUCGCAGCGAACUGUACAGAAGAGUGAAACAGCGUACAGGAGCGAUGCACACUUCCUCUCUGCGUGCCACAGCCACACCCAACAGAGACUGAAUCCACAGCGGGAUUGGACGGUUCUGGGUAUCUGGCACAAAACCAAAUAAGAGGGAGUUUCUCCUAAUGCAGUAGACCUACGAGUGUUCCUUGCAUUUGGUACUGUAUAAACAAAUGAGACUUUUAUCAAUUCAAAGGGUUUUAUCAUAGCACUUACAAGGAGCAAAAUGGCUUCAACUGCAAUCCAAUAAAUCAAAAAAAAAAAGAGCAGCAGCAAAAACUUCAACGACAAAAACUUCUGCUCUUCUGUACUGUAUCCAUUUCUUGGAAAUGUGACGGACAUUGUUCCUCUGGUAGCAGGUUGAAGGGAAACUAAAAAUGUAUCAUUGGACUUCUGGGAGGAAAAAACCACAGUUUGAUGUUUUCCUCCCUCUUCUUUGAACUUUAUCAAAGUGGAUAUCACUGUUACUCCAAAUGUUUAGCCUUGUUCUCUUUGGAGGCACUAGACUCGCAACAUCAGCUGUCUCUGACACCUGAUGGCCACUCAGCCGGUCGGUCAGUCAGUGGGUGAGUAAGAGCGGGGUGGAGGAGGUGGAGUGUCCGCCGAGCGCGUCUCCAUCCUGCUCCUCUGGGUGGUCAAGUGUCUACCCCAGGUCGACAAGUAAGCAUCUCCUCCAACUGGAAAAAUCAUGGCUACCUGCCACGGACGGCCCACCACUGCUCCACCCUGCUGCCGUCCUGCCCCCAUCUCUCAGUUCUUUCGACACAAAGAUCACUUUAGCUGGAAGAUGUUAUUGUCGUAUUUCUGGAAUUUUUGCCAGUGUACUUUUGUUUUAAAAAGGUCAUUAUGACCUUGAUUCUGUUCAGUGUGUUCUGUUUGUCUACAUGCAGUGGUCUACACUAUAGUGGCCGCUGAAUUAGCCCUUCACUGUUCAUGUGCAGAAACACUCUGGUCAGAGGUGCCUCUGUAUGUUCAUCCUGUGUAUUGAAUGCAAAACGAGGAUCAAUACUACAGAUUGUUAUUGAUUGUCUAUUUGUUUUUGGGGUUUUUUUGUUUGUUUGUUUUUUUUCUUGUUUUGUUUUGUUUUGUUUUUUUUUUACUGAUCAUGCUUUGGUGUUUGACAGUAUUCUGUAGUACUUCCAGGUAGUAUCUCAAGAUGUGUUUUAAAAAAUACAGGGUGUGGGUGUUUGUCGCUCCAAGCUGCUCCACCUGUCAGCAGGCUGUCCCCCCUUGCCCUUUGCCUAGCUGCUACGCUAUAACCUUCUCCUCCACAUUAACUAGACCCAGUAGCCCCCCCCCCUUUGACCAGUCACCAACAGGCACUCGUAUCUGUUUCUAUGCAAAAGACUAGAGGCUGACCUGGGAAUGAGCAUCCGUCUCAAACCCUACCACUCGUCCCCCGUCGUGCUUUUUCCUUGUCAGCACCUCAGAACGGCCACACGUUUCUGUAAAGUCGUGCCGCGCCGCCACAACACUGUCACGUUAACAAAGUGUGAAAACGUCAACAGUGAAGGGCCUUUUCUCUCUGUGCUGAAGACGUUUCUGUCCAGCGUGAUCUCAGGGUAGGGGAGUUGACGUUACUUACUAAGUUUGAGAUGCAGCUCUCUGUGUCUGUCCUUUCUACUGUGAGAGCAAAGUCUUAAAUUCAAAACGGCCAUUCGUGCAGCAGUAUGUACAGACCUCAUGCCUUUGUCUUAAUCCUAAUUGGAAGGGGGAAAGGCGUAUUCAGACCAUUUCCUCCAAUGGUGGCCUGUAGAUUCUACCUGGAGGCCUGUUAUUGCCUGUUAAAUAUGCCAACAUAAUGUGCCAAUGAGAUAAAAAAAACUGUUUUGUCAUACUGUGUCUUAGAAGACAGCACUUCUGUUCCCUCAUUGGAGGAGUUUGAUAACCUUAGCAGAGGGUUCAGAGGGGGACAGGAGGGAUCAAACACAUGGACGACAGCAUCCCACCCUGAAAUGACUGAGAUUUUUUUUUUUUUAUGCUUUUAUGGGGAAUGCCUCAUGCUAAGGAGAAAAUCUACUCAGUUGGGGGUUCCAGUUUGCUACAGUGCACAGUUGCUGAUGGGUAAUCCCGGGUACAUAUUUUUUUAAAACCAAAAAUGAAAUUGCAUUUAAACGUCAUUUUUAUGAAGUUUGACAUAAAAAUCUUAAAAAAUGCUUAAAAAAUCUAAAUGAAAAAAAAAAAAAGAUCUAUAAUAUGUUAAAGCUCUGCACUUAUAGCUGAAACAUCUCCGGUCCUCAGCGUCUACUACCACCAUCUAAAGGAGUAGACGAGUGGCCGGGGUGCCUUUUUGUGGAUGCUGUAUUUAUCUUUGUUUUAAUGUUUGUGUCCCGCUCAAAGCGGGACCCACUGAACUGUACAUUUCCACAGACCCAGAUGGCUUGGGCCCACUGUAUCAGCCUGACUCCCCUCACUCUGCAUCAGCAAGGGGGGAGCGGCACAUUUCAAGAGGUACAAAGUCUUAAAGAAACAUGACGAAAAAAAAAAAAGAAUACCAAUAAAGAAGAAAACGGGAAAAGGCUACCUUUCAGGGCUCGCAGUCCUGCAGCACACAAGCAAAAAUCACUAAUGCCUGUUUCUGUAACUGCCUUGAUCCAAGCUCAGACAGACCCAAUAGCCGAGGACCUCCCAGCAUCCUGUACUAACUGGAGAACCCUGACAGUGAAGGGGGUUUUUCCCAUGCUGCACCAGCAUUGAGGGGCUCUCCUCUCCACAGCUCUCUUUGACGUAACAGUAUAUAAUGUAUGUAAAGAGUACAGAUAAACGAUAUGUAGACAAUGAUCACGGUGUGUCGUCACCACCUCUCUCUGACUUCUUGGAUCGUAACCUCCGAAACGUUUUCGUUUGAAAGAAAGGUCUUUGUUUCAACACAACAGAGAAGAAGAAAAAAAAGAAAAAAAAAGCAAUAUGUAUUUUCCCCGCAAAUAAGUGACACAAAAGGAGAAUAAAUUUGGUCUGGGGGUGUAAACUUGUGAUACUUGAUUUGACUGACAGCUGCAUCUUUGUCCUAAGGAGCUGGUUAUGCACGUUCUGAUUUUACAGGCAUAUUGCAGUACUUUGAAGUGCUGGUGCUGUAAAUAUGUGUUUGUGUUGUUAAUUUCCCUGUCAAGAAGAAGAAGCUCCGCCCGAAUCAGCUGUUUGAUGAUUAUUUUACCCAGAUGAUGGAAAAAAAAAAACACAUUAACAUAUCAAAACAAAAUGAAAUGUUGAACGCAAAUACUUGAAUCAUGGGGCGCCAAUAACGUAAUGUGAAGUCAGUGAUUUUUUUUUUGGUUCUCCAUCUGACAUGUAUACGUAGAGGCUUUUAGAGAAUAUCACAAAUGUUUUGAGUUACAAAUAUUAAAUCUGAUAGACAGAAAAAUGCAAAAGUCGUCUUGGACGCCUGCUUGAAAUGCGUGUAUGAUUGUGUGCGUGAGAUGCGGCGUGGGGCCCGGCGCCCGCCGUUUUUGUUCGCAUUCUGUCUGAUCUGUCCCGACCCUCGUUUGUCCCCGUCGUUCUGUCCAAAUCUGUUCCAAUGGACGUUGUUAUUAUCUUCUAACGUUGCACUGAGUGUCUUCGACCCCUCACACAGCUAAUCGUAGAGAAACGACUCCAAGUAUGGAGGGGAGAUGGUGACAAUUCAUGUGUACAUGUUUACUCAAGGACUUAAUGGAUCUUUGUUUUUAUUUCUGUAAAAAAAAUUAUCUACCUUAUAGUGGCUUUUAUUGUGGAAUAAUCCAGUACAAGGUUUGUCAUUGGGUAUUGCACCAUUUUGUUCCACCUUUACAGAAAAGGAGAAAAAAAUUACAAAAAAAUGUAAAAAAAAAAAAAAUUACAAAAGCAGAAAAUAGGGGUUUAAAAAAAAAAGAACUGUUGCCAUAGAUAGCUGUAGAAGCACUAGUAAUCCCUGUGUUAACUUCACGUGGAAAUGGAAAGGGAUACAACUGUUGGAGAAGAGUUUGUUCAAAGACUCAUUUCAGAGGUGCCUAUAUUUUCUGUUCACUUUUGUGCAAAAAGCCACACGUCGUUUACAAGCAUUUCAUUUGUCUGAAGUACAACGGAUAUAGGAGUUUAUACCAGGAAUGUUGCAUAAAGAGGUCAAAAUUCUCAUCUUCCAUCAAAUGUACGGACAUGAAAAAUCUUGCAAAAGGAAGUUUUUAUGCUACUUUCAGAACUCUGGGAUCGAUCCUUGUCGCGUCAUGCUUCAGUGUUCAUUUGUUUUCCUCUCCCACCGUGUGCACAGACUUUCUGUAUGUACCCAGUUGUGACUUUGUGUUUUUCCUGUAAGCACCGUCCUUUGCUUACUCUCUUGCACACUCAUAAAAGAUGUGGAUUUUUGUCUCAGGAAGGCCAGGGUUCCAGAUCCCAACUCCUUCAUUUGUAGUUUUAAUGUUUAUAUGGAAAAAAAGAAGCAACUGAAAACAAUGAAACUCCAAGAAAGCACUGAAGGAUUAACAGAAUAUAAUGAACCGUUGUUUUCUUUUUUUUAUGACUAAAAUUCAAUGAUGUUCGUAGCAAUUUACAUAUUUACCAAAUAAGACUGAGAAUCAACUUUGAAAAAGUGGAGUGCUUUACAUGUGAAAUCUUAAGUGGAAAUGCUUUACAUUUGAACAACAUCGAUGUUUUUUGAUUGUCAAAAAAGAUGCAUUCGUUGUAUUUGAUGCUGUUCAGUUUCCAUCGUGUCAACUAGGAGCAUCGUGCAAGAAGUUGUGGUUGUUUUUGUUUUUUUUAAUCAUCUCUCCUGUCUGUUAACACGUCUGUCUGUAACGACAAGUUUUCAGUAGCUGAGAGAUUUUCCUCAUGUGAAGAAGGUUGGUUUUGCAGGGGCUGUUGAAGUUGAGAAAUUGAAGCUGUUUCGUUUUUUGUUUUGUCUAAAAAGGAUCAUGAUCUAUGCACAAGCGGGAGGGAGGAGUCCACAGGCUGCUGCGGUAAACUGUGGCUGUUUGUCGGCUCACUCUGGGGUUCAGGGUUCAAUGUGAGGUUGUUCUUGUUUUUGUCUCUAGCUCAGAUGUCCACUUCCCCUAAGCCCCCUCUCCCUUCCUCAAUGCACCCCAUCCUCCCCUCCCAACCCUGUCAUCGUCACCACCGUCAGUCAAAUGUUGUCGCAACACUUCAGAUUGCGUUGUUAUGCUGUGUAAUCCUUAACCAAUGAGAGCUUGUCCUUCUGCUAAAGCACUGUGGGUUGUACUGAAAAAAAGCCCAUGACUUUCAAGGCUGUCUCUUUGUAAGGGAGGGGCUGUGAGGGGUGAGGGGGGUGGGGGGGGGGGGACUCUGCCUUUCUCUUUACUUUGAAAAAAAAAAAAGCAUUAAGGAAUAAUGUCUGUAACUCAAAUACAAAGUUGUGGCUUUUAAAUGUCGUUCUUUUUUUUCCUCCUCAUAGAAUGUGAUUGUUAAGGACAUGCACCAGAAAAAAAAUGUUUCCAUUUCUGAUGGAGCUUCUUUCGGACUAUAUUAAUAAAAUACGAAUUUUCUUGGCUGUUA